GUGAAGGAGGUGCCAUUUUGUAUUCCUAGGCGUCGCCUUUAACGCGACGGAAGCUGAUUUCGUCUUUUCGUAAUAUCGUCGUUUUCGACGACAAGGGAGAGCUUACGCUCUCUAAAUUUUUCGUGUCUUAAGUGUUUAAAGCUUUUCUAUCUAUUUGAAGUGUUAAUUUAUACCGUUUGUGGUUUUUAUUGUUUGUAUUGGUAAUCAUGGCCUGCUGAAAAAUGUCGGGUCUGAAAUUGAACGUCACAUCUCCAUGCGGAGAGAUUUUCUCCACUAGAGUUUUCGUAGAUGUUAGAGGAGUUAACAAUGGACAAGAAACCUUCCAAUCGUUCAGUCCAAGUCCCAAGCAAGGGUACUGGAACUGAAAACAAAAAAGAUGUCUCCAAACAGUUCAGCAAGACAUCGCGGCGCAGGGAACCAGCCAACAGCAAUGGGUACCGAUCAGACCAGAAUCGAAAACCAGCUCCCCAAAAAGGAAAGACAAUGGAUAAGAGACCUCGACCUCGCGGUCAGCUUUAUGGAGGUGGAAAGGAGAGUGCCCAGGUAGAAGAAUGUGAGGCAGAAUUGGGUUUCUUUGUACUCGACUGGCAGCAAGAAACAGAAUCUGAAUCACUUGUUGAACUUUCACUACGCUCCGAGAGGGGAGACGGCCCGGCCCAGUCCCCGGCCGAGCCACCAGUAUGGAGUCCGUUGGCUCAUGUCCACACAAAAGCACAAGUACAACAAGGAACAUUUCUUGCAAGCCAACUGCCAAUUCGUUGUGAGAGCAAAUGCUGAUUACACUCCAUAUUUGGCAGACCCAGACCAUUUGGUCGAUUGGGAUUUUAUUGAACAAAUUAGAGUACCAAGUGUAGAAGCCAGUCCACUGCCCGAUCUGCUUGAGCACUC